AUUUAAUGAGAAAAAAUGUAAGGUACAAAACAGCGAAACUCACUUAUUCACUAUUCGAGUUUUGUUUGACCAUCGAGGCUAAAUAAAAAAUAAAAUCGUUUCUCUACGCGACCUGCCUCUCUUGUUCUUCCGUAGAGUUUUGCCGCGCCAAUCGGUCACAAUGGAUGUUGAAACUGGGGCCAUUUUGGCCCUGCAGAUAUUGGCACUGUGCUCCAUUGUCGCAGCCCUGCUGGCCUACCUGAUGCGACAGUCCAGGAAUGCCACUGACGAGUACGAGUCGCGCAACAGACAUCACGUACUCGUUACUAGCUGUGAUACAUGCGUAGGCCUGCAGAUCGCCCUUGCACUCUACGAAGCCGGCUACAAGGUGUUCGCGGGUCUGCUGGACCCAACGGGUAGCUCGCCGUCGGUCAAAAUCUUGAAGGCGGUCGAGCUGGAGCGGCAGAAAGAGGACGAGCCCGACGGUGCAGGCGACGGUGGUCCGCAACAACCGGAAGCCGCACGUGCCCGCGGUCAAAUCGUGCCAUUGGAGCUGGACCCGACGAGAGAGGACAGUUUGCGCGCUUGUUUGGACGCCGUCAGGGCGAAACUUCCGGCUGGCGAGGACGGUCUCUGGGCAGUCGUACACACGGGCGGCUUAGUUUUACCAGGUGUCAUAGAAAAGCAAACCAGCUCUAUGUGGGAGUCGAUGUUGCGUCAUAACUUGGUUGCCCCGCUAAGAACAGCCCGAGUAUUCAUUCCUCUUUUGCGCAUCAAGAGAGGCCGCAUCGUUCUUUUGGGUGACUCCGAGACAAGCUACGGCGGCAAAGCGGGCUCCGGCCUGGUGGCGUUCAGCGCGUCCCGAAGAGCCGUGGAGGGUGCCGCGGAGGCGUUAAAAAGCGAAUUACAUUCAUCGGGCGUCGACGUCGUGCUUCUCAAGCCGCCGCCCGUGAAUCCCCUCGUUCUUUAUGCAUCGCCCGUUCUCAAGACGGUCGACGUGGAGUCUGGCGUAGCAGCCUCGGAAGGGACGUGGACCGCACCGCUAUCGAUUCAUUCCGUGCAGAACGCUCUGAUUCCUGCGAUUACGACGUCGUGUCCUCUAAGCGUUUACGAUAUGUCCGUCAAGCCGAGGCUCUUCUGUCGAUAAUCUCACGUCCACGUCGCGUAAACGGACCGAAAGAUCGCGAGACGUAAUAAUAUAUCGCGGGACUCCUCCUCGAGUCGAUGCGAUACGCCUAGUAUACGGGGAACAAUGGGGAACGUGGAAUAAUGGUACACGUGCGCGUGUAUUCGAGGUGUCAUUUGCGCUGACGUGUCAUCCCGCGUGCCCUAAAGCAUCAUAUGCGGGAUUUGCUUUCUCGCGGUUUCACAGCAGGCGACAUUUUCCCCCGCGUGUGAAUGAUGUCAUUUUUUCAUGCGCCUGCAUGUCCCGAGCGGUAUCAAUUAUGAAUCCUCACUUUUGUUCCCCGCCCAUAUUUUUGUAUCGCGUACGUGCUGUCAGGUCCCGGCACCGAUUCGAGGAGACAUUUAACGAAACAGCCAGUAAUUUUCAUCGCCACUAGAAUAAAUUCGUGACAACACUUAACUCCUGACAAGUGCGUUUUCCAUCCCUUUCUCUUUCAAAAAUAAAAUCAUUCUAAUAAUAUUUUACGUUGUAGAAUAAAAAUAAAAUUGUUUCCAAAGUGUUUUAAUGUUUCAACUUUUGUAGUCUAAUACAUUUUAAAUUUGUACAUUGAGUCCGGAUGGAUUUAUCUUCGAUUGCGAUGUUUAAAUAUUUGGUUGUGUUGCGACUUCGCGAAAUGUAUACUUCAAGAGGUUGAAACGGAAAAUGUGUUUUACUUAAAAGGUUCCGAUAGAUGUGUAUGCGAAGUUUUCUACAUUUUGCGUAUGUGUAAAUAUCAGAUUUAUAAUAUAUAAAAUAUCUGAAUAACUUUCAUGGAUUUCUUGAAAACAUAAAA